UCAGUUAUCGAGUGCAAGUUUCCCAGUGCAGUAGCUUACAUUUUUCGGUGGACAAAAGUUAAAGAUUAGCCAUGAAAGUCUUAAUCCUUCUGUUGGUUACCGUUUGUUUGGUCGCUGCAGCUCCUACCGAAUCAAAGACUGAAGAUAAGGAUGAACCAAAGGCCGAAGCACGAACCCUCGGAAAGCGUGGCAUCUACGAGUUGGAUGAUCACCACGAUCAUCACGUUACCAAAAAAGUGACCAUAACCAAAAAGAUCCCGGUCCCCUACCCCGUGGAGGUGGAAAAGCAUGUUCCAAUCAUCGUGGAAAAGAAGGUGCCCGUAUUUAUCGAAAAGAAGGUCCCGGUCAUUCACAAGGAGUACGUUGAGGUGCCCAAGCCCUAUCCAGUGCAUGUCGAGAAAAAGGUUCCCGUCUACGUGAAGAAGUACAUCGAGAAACCGGUGGGAAUUUCCGUUCAUAUUAAGAAACGCCAUUAAAAUUAGCCUAAGCAAAAUAAA